AUGGCAACGGCAUGGAGAAGCAGACUCCGUUUCCUUGAGCCGUGGCCACGGCACCACCCCCACCACUGCCACUGUCUUCCUCUUGUCAAGCUCUGUUGGGUCAUCAUCCUGGCCUUCUUUCUUGUGGAGGUAACUGGAGUAGAGGCCAGAGUGAGCAGCAAGGGAUGCUUGCAGAGGGAGAGGGAUGCUCUCUUGCUUUUCAAAUCCGCCAUCAAAGAUCCUUCCGCCCGCUUGUCUUCAUGGCAUGCCCAAGUAGACUGCUGCGCAUGGACUGGCGUCGUCUGCCACAACAGAACAGGCAGCAUUCGAGUAGCCGAGCUCAACCUUCAAAAUCCAAAUGCCUACCAACUGAAUGAGUCGGACACUGCUUUGAGGGGUGAGCUGCUGCAUCCUUCAUUAUUGUCUUUAACUCAUCUGCACACCUUAAAUCUAAGCUACAACGACUUCGAGGCCACCCAGAUUCCACCGCUCAUUGGUUCUCUUCACAAACUCAGGUAUCUUGAUCUUUCCGAGUCCAACUUCAGUGGAAUCCUCCCCCCUCAUAUUGGAAACUUAACUCAUCUUCUUCAUCUUGAUCUCAUGUCAUAUCAUUAUCCUUAUUCUGCUACACUUGUCCAUAGCCUUGACUGGCUCUCCGGCCUUUCUUCUUUGAUUUAUCUGGACUUGUCCUUUUUGGAUCUCAGCGCUGCCUCCCAUAAUUUGGUAUCGACAGUCAACAUGUUGCCGUCCCUACAACAAUUAAAUUUAUAUGAUUGUAGGAUUAAAAGUAUCCCUCGUUCUCUCGAUUUCCAUCUCAACCUCACUUCUCUUGCGUCUCUUAAUCUUGGUAUGAACAACUUCAAUUCUUCUUUUCCUAACUGGCUAUGGAAUCUCACAAGCCUCUUGUCUCUUCAACUUGAUGACUCCAACAUUCAAGGGCCGUUGCCUAAUGAAAUUGGCAACUUAAUUGGUCUCACAUAUCUUGAUCUUCACUUCAAUUUGCUCUCCGGUCCCUUUCCUGAUGCGAUAUGGAAAUUGAAGCAUCUAACAAAUCUCGACGUAAGCUUUAAUAUUUUUGGAAAUUCUUUGCCGAUUGGGAUCAUGAAUCUUUCAAGCCUAUCCUCACUAAAGCUUGAUAACUGUUCAUUUACUGGCCUGAUACCCACUGAGUUAGGAAAUUUGACUACUCUAAAUACUAUUUCUCUUAGUUACAAUUCACUUUCUGGACCAAUACCAGUUGAAAUAGGGCAACUGGUCGAGCUAAAGUUUCUGGACCUCUCUGUUAACUCCCUCCAGGGUGAUAUUUCUGAGUUUCAUCUUUUCAACCUAACCAAACUAGAGGUCUUGUUCAUGUUUGAUAACCCCUUUAUUACCAUAGCAAUUGACCACACUUGGACCCCUCUUUUUCAAUUGCAAGCACUUAACCUAGGCUCUUGUAAGUUAGGUCCUAAAUUUCCUGGUUGGCUUCGUACGCAACAAUCCAUCACAGAUAUUGUGUUGUACAAUACAAGUAUUGAGGACAACUUGCCUGAAUGGACCACUUCCACCAACCUUAUUCACACCAAAUCUACAUCAUUUAAUUCUGUCAAACAAUCUUGUUAA